AUGUCAAGAGAGGAGCAGCAAGUCUCUGGAAGAGCUGGGAGCUUCAAUGCAACCAGAAGCUCUGGAGGAGAUUCUUACAAUAAAACAAAGAAGAUCUUUGUUGGAGGCUUGCCACCUACUUUGACAGACGAAGAGUUUCGUCAGUACUUUGAAGCUUAUGGUCCUGUGGCUGAUGUUGUAAUCAUGCAUGACCAGACUACUAGCCGUCCUCGCGGGUUUGGAUUUGUCUCCUUUGACUCUGAAGAUGCCGUGGACCGUGUGCUUCAGAAGAACUUCCAUGAUUUGAAUGGUAAGCAAGUUGAAGUGAAGCGUGCUCUUCCUAAAGAUGCUAAUCCAGGUGGUGCUGGACGAGCCAUGGGUGGUGUUGGUGGUGGCGGUGGUUACCAGGGUUUUGGUGGCAAUGAAAGUAGUUUUGAUGGGCGUAUGGAUUUCAAUAGGUAUAUGCAGCCUCAAAAUGUAGGAAAUGGUUUACCGUCUUAUGGUUCUUCAGGUUAUGGUGGUGGUGGGUAUGGAAAUGGUAGUAAUGGUGCUGGAUUUGGUGGAUACGGAGGUUAUGGUGCUGGUGCUGCUGCAUAUGGAGCAACGAGCAUGCCAGGUGCUGGCUAUGGAAGUAGUGCUCCGAGAAACUCAUGGGACGCUCCAGCUCCAGCUCCUAGUGGGUAUGGGAACCCCGGAGGCUAUGGGAAUGGAGCUGCUCAAAGUGGAUAUGGUGUUCCCGGUGGAGCUCCUCCUUCUGCUCAGCCACAGUACGGAUAUGGAGGGUAUGGUGGAAAUGGUGAUUCUGGUUAUGGAAGUCAAGCCGGAUAUGGUGCGGUUGGAGGGAGACCUAGUGUUGGUGGUUUGAACAAUCCUGGUGGCUACAUGGGAGGUUAUGACCCGUCACAAGGGUAUGGUUUGGGUAGGCAAGGGCAAUAG